GCUUAUAUAAAUACAGUUCGAACGGAAAUUGUGUCAAUAAAAUACAUUUUAACGCUAAAGUGGAAAGAUCGUUCGAAAAGAAUAUUACGUGAAAAUCCGAUUAAGCAAAGACAAAAAUGUUUCAAAUAAUUGUGUCGGUUCUUUUAGCAACACUGAUUGCAACUGUUUACUUUUACGUAAAACAAAUAUUUUCGUACUGGAAACGCCGUGGUAUACCAUAUGCAACACCAUCUUUUCCAUUUGGAAAUUUUGGUGCGACAUUUUCGAAAAAGCAGUCAUUUGGCCAAAGUCUUCAAGAUUUGUAUAACAGUACGGAUGCACCAGUGUUAGGUAUUUAUACAUCGAUACGCCCAGCUGUACUGGUUCGUGAUCCAAAAAUUACACGAGACAUUUUGAUAAAAGACUUCCAAAGUUUCUGGCAUCGAGGCUUCCAUUACGACGAUAAUGUUGAUUCGCUGGCAAGCAAUUUAUUCUCAUAUAGCGGCGACGGUUGGAAAAGUAUGCGAGCAAAACUAUCACCAGCGUUCACAACGGGUAAAUUAAAAGCAAUGUUUGGAACAAUAACUGAUUGUGCAAAUGCACUAGAGAAAUAUUUGAAUAAACUGGCCGUAGCCCAAAAGGAAAUUGAAAUCCGUGAUGUAUUUGCUCGUUUUACUACAAAUGUGAUUGCAUCUGUUGCGUUUGGCAUUGAAAUCGAUUGCUUUGAAAAUCCCGACAAUGAAUUUCGUAAAUAUGGAUGGCGUUUUUUUGAACCAAAAUUUAAACACCUUGUUCGCUUCAAUAUCUCACUUUUGAGCCCAUUCCUUACAAAAUUAUUGGGCAUUCGAUUUGCUGAUAAGGAUGUUGAAAUGUUCAUGAAGAAUAUCAUUCGUCAGACAUUGGAGUACCGUGAGCAGAAUAAUGUUUCUCGAAAAGAUUUCUUACAACUAUUGAUGCAGUUAAGAAACACAGGGAAAGUGCAUGACGAUGACGAUGACUGGACAACGAAAACAACAAGCGACGAGAAAUCGUUGUCUUUGGACGAAAUGAGUGCGCAAUCAUACGUAUUUUUUAUUGCGGGUUAUGAAUCAUCGUCAACCACAAUGUCGUUUUGCAUGUAUGAGUUUGCAAAAUGUCCAGAAAUACAACAAAAAGCAUACGAAGAAAUUACAAACGUUCUUCAAAAGCAUGAUGGGAAACUAACUUACGAAGCCCUCGCCGACAUGAAGUAUCUAGAGAGUUGUAUUGAUGAAACCCUGAGAUUGAAUCCACCAUUUGAGUUCUUUUCAAGAGAGUGUACACAAGAUUACAAAGUGGCAAAUUCAAACCUAAUAAUUGAAAAAGGAACACCAGUUCUCUUUUCGGUGAUGGGACCACAUUACGAUCCGAAAUAUUACGAUGAACCCGAAAAAUUUAAUCCAGAUCGGUUUAAAGAUGAUCAAAGUGCCAACAAAAAUUCCCUUGAAAUGCCAUAUUUGGCCUUUGGCGAUGGUCCAAGGAAUUGUAUUGCAAAACGUUUGGGUAAAUUUCAGGCGAAACUCGGAAUUUGUUUGUUGCUACGAAAAUUCUCAUUUGAAUUGGGUGAGCAACACGUGAACAAACCACUUGUAUUUAAUCCAACUAGCGGAGUUCGAGCACCAAUUUCAGGCAUCAAUUUAAAAGUAUUUUCUCGCUUGAAUAAAUAAAAUACAGUUGCUAAGCAUUCAAAGAA